UUCAAGAUGGCGUCAAGCGGAGGAGAUGGGGAACACGAAUGGACAGCGGCAGUACGGCCGCUUCUGUCAGCUUCGUACACCGCUUUUGAAACGAAGGAGCUACCUCAGCUGAUUGGCUCUAUUAUUAACAGUGAAUCAGACAUUCUUCACCAUGACAAACAGUAUGAACCUUUCUACUCGUCAUUUGUGGCCCUCUCCGCACAUUACAUCACCACAGUAUGUGGACAAAUACCAAGAAAUCAGUUGCUGUCAGUUGGGGCAGCAUGCAAAGUAUUGAUCGAAUUCUCACUGCUACGCCUGGAAAACCCAGAUGAGGCAUGUGCGGUAUCACAGAAACACCUGAUUCUUCUCAUAAAAGGACUUUGCACAGGAUGCAGCAGGCUAGAUCGCACAGAGAUCAUAACCUUCACUGCUAUGAUGAAGUCUGCCAAGCUGCCUCAGACCAUCAAGACCCUGUCAGAUGUGGAAGAUCAGAAGGAGUUGCCCAGUGCAGUGAGCCCAGAGCUACGACAAAAGGAAGUACAAAUGAACUUCUUCAAUCAGCUGACUUCAGUUUUUAAUCCUGACCUCACAACCAUCUUGGCCUCUCCGUCAGGAUCACACAUGCAGGCUGAGAGUGAUAGUGAUGACCAAACUACAGAUCAAGCUCUUCAGGCCAAAAUGAAAAAUGCCUUUGUCUCUCAGAAUGUGUCAAGCCUUCAGGAACUUGGUGGGUCUGAGAAGUUGCUGCGAGUGUGCCUCAACCUGCCCUACUUUCUGCGUUACAUCAACCGUUUCCAGGAUGCCGUGUCAGCAAACUCUUUCUUCAUCAUGCCAGCCACAGUAGCUGACGCUACCGCUGUCCGCAACGGAUUUCACUCACUUGUGAUUGAUGUCACCAUGGCUCUGGACACUCUUUCCCUGCCUGUACUGGAACCCCUGACUCCAGGGAGGCUUCUGGAUAUGACUGUGCUGGCUUUAAGCUGUCUUUAUGCUGGUGUGAGUGUGGCCACUUGCAUGGCCAUUCUGCAGGUAGGUAGUGGCUUGCAGCUGCGCUCUGCCUCCACCGGGACAAAAGAAGAGGACUAUGAAAAUGAUGCUGCCACAAUUGUCCAGAAAUGUCUGGAGAUCUAUGAGAUGAUUGGACAAGCAAUCAGUAACUCUCGCAGAGCUGGAGGAGAGCAUUACCAGAACUUCCAGCUGCUCGGAGCCUGGUGCCUCCUAAACAGUCUCUACCUGAUUCUCAACCUGAGCCCAACUGCCCUGGCAGAUAAAGGGAAAGAGAAGGAUCCUCUGGCUGCCCUUCGUGUCCGGGACAUUGCUGCUCGCACCAAAGACGGCGCAGGAUCGCCUAAGCUUGGCCCGGGCAAAGGGCACCAAGGGUUUGGAGUCCUGUCUGUGAUUUUGGCCAAUCACGCCAUCAAACUUUUGACUUCACUUUUCCAGGAUCUGCAAGUGGAGGCUCUGCACCGAGGUUGGGCCAGCGAUGGACCACCAGCUGAGCUCAACAUCAUGGCACAGAGCACCUCCAUCCAAAGGGUCCAGCGACUCAUUGACUCUGUGCCCCUGACAAAUCUACUCUUCACUCUUCUCUCUACGUCCUACAAAAAGGCCUGUGUUCUUCAGCGGCAGAGGAAGGGAUCAGUCAGCAGUGAUGCCAGUGCUUCCACAGAUUCAAACACCUACUAUGAGGAUGAUUUCAGUAGUACGGAGGAAGAUAGCAGCCAAGCAGAGAGAAGACAGGAGAAGACAAGUGCAGCUUGUGUCUCAGAUGACGACAGUGAACCCAUCCUGGGGCUAUGGUUUGAAGAGACUAUUUCUCCAACCAAAGAUAAAGUGGCCCCGCCACCUCCUCCACCACCACCACCCCUCGAGACCUCUCCCAGACUCAAGAGCCCCAGCAAGCAGAACCCCAGUGAGAAUGGCAACAUUUUAGCAGGCCGAAAGGAUCCUGAACUGUUCCUCAGUUUGACCUCAAGCAUUCUGAACUUUAUCACCACAUCAAUGCUCAAGUCCAGGAACAACUUCAUCCGCAACUACCUGAGCGUGUCUCUUACAGAGCAACACAUGGCUACGCUAGCAAGCAUCAUCAAAGAUGUCGACAAAGAUGUCAAAGGUUCUUCAGAUGAAGCCUUUUCCUUAGCUCUGUACCACUUUAACCACACUUUAGUAACCUCGGAUCUUCCAUCUCCAGCCUUGCAGAACACCCUGCUUCAGCAGUUAGGGGUUGCUCCCUUUUCUGAGGGUCCUUGGCCUCUGUACAUUCACCCUCAGUCAUUGUCGGUCCUCUCAAGACUUCUGCUCAUAUGGCAGCACAAAGCCACCGUGCAGGGAGAACCAGACGUGCCUGAGUGUAUGAAAGUCUGGGAAAGAUUUUUAGGAACCUUGAAGCAGCACACCAUGCAGGGAUCCAUUCAUGCAGAAGAUGACCUGAAUGUGGAACACCUCCAGCUGCUGUUGCUCCUUUUCCACAAUCUGUCAGAACGUGGUCGUCGAUCAGUCCUCACCAUGGUCACUCAGGCUAUUACUGAGGUGGCUCAGAGCAGAGACUCCCAGCUGAAGGCUGUACCCCUCAACUUGGCCCGCUUGUUGCUGGUUUUCGAUUACCUGCAGCGUCACUACUCCAAGGCUCCCAUUUACCUUUUUGAGCAGGUGCAGUACAACCUUCUCACCCCUCCAUCCACCGGGCCAAGUUCUGUUCAGGAAAGCAGUAAGCGCAACAGUCUCCCACUUUACUAUGGAUUCAAAGAGGUGGAAGAGAACUGGGCUAAAAACUGUUCAGCAGAUUCAAACGUUCAACCUAAAUUCUAUUGUGUGCUGUCCCCUGAGGCGUCUGAAGAUGACAUCAGCAGACUAGACAACAAGGUUUUCCCAAAGCUGUUCAAUGGAACCCUUAAAUAUGAUGAACUGUAUGCAUCGCUAGUCUCACUCCUGGCAGCGGGAUCUCAGUUUGACACUGCAAGAAGACAAGAAAACAAACCCAUCUCUCCUGUGGAGGCCUGCUCUCUCCAGUACUACUUUCUGGUUCUGUGGAGAAUUUUGGGUGUUUUACCACCCUCAAAAGCCUUCAUGGAGCAACUACAGACUGGUUGCAGCGACUCCAGUGAAAGCGACAUCCUGCAUACACUGCGAUGGUCCUCACGUCUACGAGUAUCGACAUACGUCAAUUGGAUCAAGGAACACUUGGUGAAGCAGGGAAUGAAAACAGACCAAGCUGCCACUCUUGUUGAGAUAACGGCUGCGAAGUGCAGCACUGUGAAAUAUGAUGUGGAUCUAGCUGAAGAGUACAUUGCCAGACAGAUCUCCACCUUUUCGACUGUAGACCCCAAUGCCAUUCUUCCCCUUCAUCAGUUGCCAUCUUUACAAGCCAUCUAUACCCUGGAUGCUGUCAUUUCCAAAGUACAGGUUUCCUUAGAUGAGCAUUUGUCCAAGGUUGCGAUCGAGGCCGAUGCCCACAAGUCCUCUGAUAUCGCAAAAAAUUUGCUGCCUGCCACUCUGCAGCUCACUGACAUUUAUACGGCCUUCACAAGAUCGUACCUGUUGAUGAACAUCCCAGAGGAAGGGGAAAACAAGCUGACUGAUGCUAAGCUCCAAGGUUAUUCUGCAGUUCUGUCCAUUGGCUCCACCAGAUGCAAGGCCAACACGCUGGGUCACAGUUUAAUGCAGAACUUGCCAACAGCUGUACAGACCACAUGUGAGACCUGGAACAGUGUCAACACAAAUGAAUUCCCCAACAUCGGCUCAUGGCGAAAUGCAUUUGCCAAUGAUACCAUUCCUUCAGAGAGCUACAUCAGUGCCAUCCAGGCAGCUCAUCUGGGCACACUGAGUGGUCAGUCCUUGCCUCUGGCUGCAUCUCUAAAGCACAUCCUUCUCUCCUUGGUUCGCCUCACUGGUGACCUCAUUGUUACAGAGGAGCUAAAUCCCACACAGGUUGUCAGCACUCUGCUGCCCCUCCUCCUGGAGAGCAGCACAGAAAGCGUGGCUGAGAUCAGCAGCACCUCGCUGGAGCGCAUCCUAGGCCCAUCAGAGUCUGAUGCCUUCCUGGCCCGCAUCUACGAGCGUUUGGUGACAGGAUGUUACAACAUCAUUGCCACUCACUCAGACCCCACCAGUGGCUUGGAUGAGUCGGUCCUCGAGGAAUGCCUUCAGUACUUAGAAAAACAGUUAGAGAGCAGUCAAGUUCGGAAGGCAAUGGAGGAAUUCUUUUCUUUCGGUGGAGAACUUGUUCAGAUUAUGAUGGCAACAGCCAAUGAAAAUCUGUCGGCCAAAUUCUGCAACAGGGUGCUGAAAUUCUUCACCAAGCUUUUCCAGCUCACGGAGAAGAGUCCAAACCCAAGCCUGCUCUCCCUGUGUGGCUCCUUGGCCCAGCUGGCCUGUGUGGAGCCGUCCCGCCUGCAGUCGUGGCUGACGCGUAUGACGGCUACUCCACCAAAGGACUCGGAGCACCUGGACAUAGUGCAAGAAAACCGGCAGCUGUUGCAGCUGCUCACCACUCACAUCGUCCGUGACAACAGUCAGGUGGGAGAGGGGGUGUGCACUGUCCUCCUCAGCACUCUUGUUCCCAUGGCAACGGACAUGCUGGCCAAUGGCGAUGGAACAGGCUUUCCAGAACUCAUGGUCAUCAUGGCAACUCUUGCGAGCGCUGGGCAGGGCGCUGGUCAUCUGCAGCUUCACAGGGCAGCCAUUGAUUGGCUGACCAGAUGUAAAAAGUAUUUAACACAGAAGAAUGUUGUGGAGAAAGUCAGCACAAACUUGUCCCAUGGGAAGCAUGCCAGCAUGCUAGAAUGCUCAUGCCACAUCAUCUCUUAUCUGGCUGAUGUGAUGAAUGCUCUGAGGCAAAGCAGUGGUCAGAGUACGUCAACGCUACUCGUCGAGGGAGAUGAGAAGGCAAUGGAAGUGGACUCCGACUGGGUUGAAGAACUUGCUGUUGAGGAGGAUGAUUCACAAGCAGAGGACUCUGACGAAGACUCCCUUUGCAACAAACUCUGCACCUUUACCAUAACUCAGAAGGAGUUUAUGAACCAGCACUGGUACCACUGUCACACCUGUAAGAUGGUGGAUGGGGUAGGUGUGUGCACAGUGUGCGCCAAGGUCUGUCACAAAGACCAUGAGAUCUCCUAUGCAAAAUAUGGCUCUUUCUUCUGUGACUGCGGUGCCAAAGAGGAUGGCAGCUGCCAGGUGAGACCGAAUACCUCAGGUCAUCAUGGGAAGAGAACAACAGCGGCGCUGGUCAAACGCAGCCCCAGCAGCGGAAUAAGCUCCACUCUCAAAGAAUCGUCAGCGUUCCAGAGUGAAAUGCGAAUGCCUGAGAGUGCUAUCCGCCACCAGAAUGCUUCACCGUCCGACAAGGGAAAGGUCACCAUCUGUGAUGGCAAAUCUGGUGACGAAGACAGGCCUAAGAAGAGUAGUGUGUGCAAGAGCAUUGAGGGCUGCCAGGAGGAGCUACUUUCACAAGUGAUGGGAUCGUCCACUGCUGCAGCCAUUCUUGAAAUGCUCAUGUUUCUAAUGGAGGCCAUCCAGACCAACUUCCAGCAAGCCUCCGCAGUGGGAAGUAGCAGCCGGGCUCAGCAGGCCCUCGACGAACUGCAUACUCAGGACAAGAAUGUGGAAAUGACAGACCAGUUAAUGGUGCCCACACUUGGGUCUCAGGAGGGAGCCUUUGAGAACGUGAGAAUGAAUUACAGUGGAGACCAGGGUCAAACUAUACGUCAGCUCAUUAGUGCACAUGUCCUGCGUCGUGUUGCCAUGUGUGUCCUCUCAUCACCUCAUGGCCGCCGCCAGCAUCUCGCCGUUAGCCACGAAAAGGGAAAGAUAACAGUUCUUCAGCUGUCCACUCUCCUUAAGCAAGCUGACUCAAGCAAGAGGAAGCUAACACUGACCCGUCUGGCCUCUGCCCCUGUCCCUUUCACUGUACUCAGUCUCACAGGCAAUCCGUGCAAUGAAGACUACCUGGCUGUUUGUGGCCUUAAGGAUUGCCACGUUCUAACUUUCAGCAGCACCGGCUCUGUGUCGGACCAUCUGGUGUUGCACCCACAACUCGCAACAGGCAACUUCAUCAUCAAAGCAAUCUGGUUACCAGGCUCUCAGACUGAACUUGCCAUCAUCACUGCUGACUUUGUCAAGAUCUAUGACUUAUCAGUGGAUGCCCUGAGUCCCAUGUACUACUUCCUGCUCCCCAGUUCCAAGAUCCGGGAUGCUACAUUCCUUUUCAAUGAAGAGGGGAAAAAUAUCAUUGUAAUCAUGUCCUCAGCAGGUUACAUGUACACUCAGGUCAUGGAUGAAUCGAGCAGUGCUCAGCAUGGCCCUUUCUAUGUCACAAACGUUUUGGAGAUAACCCACGAGGAUUUAAAGGACAGCAAUGGGCAGGUGGCCGGCGGUGGUGUGUCUGUUUAUUACUCCCACGUUCUCCAAAUGCUUUUCUUUAGCUACAGCCAGGGGAAGUCUUUCGCUGCCACAGUGAGCCGCAGCACAACUGAAGUGCAGAGGCUCUUCCCCAUCAACAUCAAAGGCUCUAACGGUGGCAGUGGUAAGAUGUCCCCUGCUCUGUGUCAGUGGUCAGAAGUCAUGAACCAUCCAGGUCUGGUGUGCUGUGUGCAGCAGACGACAGGCAUACCUCUGGUGAUCAUGGUCAAACCCGACACCUUCCUUAUCCAGGAGAUUAAAACUUUGCCAGCUAAAGCCAAGAUUCAGGAUAUGGUAGCUAUCCGGCACACUGCCAGCAACGAGCAACAGCGUACGACCAUGAUUCUUCUCUGUGAGGAUGGAAGCCUCCGAAUCUACAUGGCAAAUGUCGAUAACACUUCAUACUGGCUCCAACCCUCCCUGCAGCCAAGCUGUGGCAUAAGUAUCAUGAAACCUGUCCGCAAGCGUAAAGCUGCUGCUGCAACUACCCGGACCUCCAGUCAGGUGACAUUUCCGGUGGACUUCUUUGAACACAACCAGCAGCUGACUGAAGUGGAGUUUGGGGGUAAUGAUUUGCUGCAGGUGUACAAUGGACAGCAGAUCAAACACAGGCUCAACUCCACAGGGAUGUAUGUGGCCAACACAAAGCCUGGGGGAUUCACUGUGGAAGUGGUAAACAACAAUAGUUCGAUGGUGAUGACUGGAAUGAGAGUGCAAGUGGGCACUCAGGCCAUUGAAAGGGCUCCUUCUUAUGUGGAGGUCUUUGGCCGCACCAUGCAGAUAAACUUGACGAGGUCUCGCUGGUUUGACUUCCCCUUCACCAGAGAGGAAGCUCUGCAGGCUGACAAAAAGCUCUCCAUAUUCAUUGGCGCAUCGGUCGAUCCAGCUGGAGUCACCAUGCUUGACUCAGUCAAGAUCUAUGGGAAAACCAAGGAGCAGUUUGGCUGGCCUGAGGAUCCACCAGAGGACUUUUCUUCUGCAUCAGUUAACAAUGUCUGCAGUCCCAGUCUCAACCAGGGCAAUGGCACCUCUGAUGGAGACAUAGCCACUCCAACCACAACAAAUGGCACUGUGCUAGAGAGUUGUGAAACUGAGUCCUUAUCAACAUUGGACCGGUUGGUGGUAAGCUCCCUCGAAGCUCUGGAGAGCUGCUUUGCAGUUGGCUCUUCCAGUGAAAAGGAGAAAAACAAGACGGCUGCCCUGGAGUUGGCCACUUUACUCCUUUCCAUGCCCACUCCUGCAGGUGUGCAGCAGCAGACGAAGGGACUUCUUGCUAGCCUGCACACCAGCCGUAAUGCCUAUCACAACCACAAGGAUCAGUCCUUGCUGAGUAAUGCCGUGCAGUGUCUGAACAGCUGCAGCCGUGAAGGGAGGGAGCUUGACCCUGAUGUCUUCCAGAGGCUUGUGAUCACAGCUCGCUCCAUUGCAAUCAUGAGGCCCAACAACUUGGUGCACUUCACAGAAAAUAAAUCAUUACAUCAUGACUCUGUAGACAUGACUGACGAUGGGCUAAAAAAUGUGGAUGGUGAAAGCAGUAACUUCAUCGCACAGCUGAUGAAUAACUUCUGGAAGCUCCAUGCCUUAAAACCCAAGAAUGCAUUUCUUGCUCCUGCGUGCCUCCCUGGCCUGACUCAUGUGGAAGCAACAGUUAACGCGUUGGUAGAUAUCAUCCAUGCAUACUGCACAUGUGAACUGGAUUACAUCAACGUAGCCUCCAAAAUCUACAUGCAAAUGUUGCUCUGCCCUGACACUGCUGUGAGCUUUGCUUGUAAGCAGGCUCUAAUCAGAGUGCUGCGACCAAGAAACAAGCGGCGUCAUGUGACGCUUCCAUCCCCCCCACGCUCCAACACACCAAUGGGGGACAAAGAUGAUGAUGAUGACGAUGAUGCAGAUGACAAGAUGCAGUCAUCUGUGGUAACUGGAGGGGAAGAAGGUCGACAGGAGAGCCAAGAGCAGGGUGAAGUGGACCAUGGGGACUUUGAGAUGGUGUCCGAGUCAAUGGUCCUGGAGAAUGCAGAGAAUGUCAACAAUGGAAAUCCAUCUCCUCUUGAGGCUCUCUUGGCUGGAGCCGAGGGUUUCCCCCCAAUGCUUGAUAUUCCUCCAGAUGCUGAUGAUGAAACGAUGGUGGAGCUGGCCAUAGCUCUCAGCCUCCAGCAGGACCAACAAGGCAGCAGCAGUAGUGCUCUUGGCCUUCAGAGCCUUGGUCUGUCUGGCCAGGCCCCAAGCUCCUCUUCACUAGAUGCUGGAACACUUUCAGACACAACAGCAUCAGCUAUUGCUAUGAUUUCAGCCCCGGCAUCAGAUGAUGAGGGCAGCACUGCUGCUACUGAUGGCUCUACGUUGCGGACCUCCCCAGCUGAGCACGGAGGCAGUGUUGGCUCAGAGAGUGGGGGUUCUGCUAUCGACUCUGUAGCAGGGGAGCACAGUGUGUCAGGGCGCAGCAGUGCAUAUGGAGACACAACAGUGGAGGGCCACCCAGCUGGUCCAGGAAGUGUGAGUUCAAGUACAGGUGCCAUCAGCACCACAACAGCACAGCAGGAAGGUGAAGGAUCAGAAGGAGAAGGAGAGACUGAAGGAGACAUCCACACAAGCAACAGGUUGCACAUGGUACGUCUUAUGCUACUGGAGCGCUUGCUGCAGCACCUGUCUCAGCUCCACAAUGUGGGUGGAGUUCAAGCCAUCCCUUACAUGCAAGUUAUUCUUAUGCUGACCUCUGACCUCGAUGGCGAAGACGAAAAGGAUAAGGGCGCUCUGGAUGACCUACUUGCACAGCUCAUUGCAGAGCUUGGCAUGCAUAAGAAGGACGUGUCCAAAAAGAAUGAGCGAAGUUCCAUCAAUGAAGUUCACUUGGUCAUCAUGAGGCUUCUUAGCGUCUUCAUGUCUCGAACCAAAUCUGGCUCAAAAUCAACUGAGUCAUCGUCUCUGAUUUCCAAUGCAACUGCAACUGCUCUGCUCAGCCAAGGAGCCAUCGAUUACUGUCUGCACGUCCUCAAGUCGCUCUUGGAGUUUUGGAAGAGUCAACAGGGUGAAGAAGAACCUGUGACAACGAGCCAGCUUCUCCGCACGCACACAGCUUCCUCUCCCCCUGACAUGAGCCCAUUCUUCCUACGUCAGUAUGUCAAGGGACAUGCUGCUGAUGUCUUUGAGGCCUACUCCCAGUUGUUGACUGAAAUGGUGCUCCGGCUGCCGUAUCAGAUAAAGAAGAUUGCUGACACAAACCCUCGUAUCCCACCACCUGUAUUUGACCAUUCUUGGUUCUACUUUUUGUCUGAAUAUCUGAUGAUCCAACAGACACCGUUCGUCAGGCGACAAGUCAGGAAGCUGUUGCUGUUUAUUUGCGGUUCAAAGGAGAAAUAUCGUCAGCUGCGAGAUCUGCACACGCUUGACUCGCACGUCCGCAGCAUCAAGAAGCUGCUGGAGGAGCAGGGCAUCUUCCUCCGAGCUGGUGUGGUCACCGCCACAUCUGGUUCAGCGCUGCAGUACGACACACUCAUCAGUCUGAUGGAACAUCUGAAAGCAUGUGCUGAAAUUGCCACUCAGAGGACCAUCAACUGGCAGAAAUUCUGCGUGAAGGAUGACUCCGUCUUGUACUUCCUGCUCCAGGUCAGCUUCCUAGUUGAUGAGGGUGUUUCUCCAGUUCUUCUUCAACUCCUGUCUUGUGCCUUGUGUGGAAGCAAGGUGCUAGCCACUUCCUCUUCGAACUCGUCAUCAUUUUCCGGAGGAGGUUCUGGUAGUGCUGGGCAAACGGGAACCUCACAGUCCUCUCAGAGCAAAUCCUCCAGUAAAAAAAGCAAAAAAGAAGACAAAGAGAAAGACAAAGAGGGAGACGGUGUUAGCAGCCAGGAGGACCAGCUUUGCAUGGCUCUGGUCAGUCAGCUUAACAAGUUUGCAGACAAGGAGACACUCAUCCAAUUCCUGCGUUGUUUCCUGCUUGAGUCAAACUCAUCUGCUGUGCGCUGGCAAGCCCACUGCCUGGCACUACAUAUCUACAGGAACUCCAGCAAAUCUCAGCAAGAGCUGCUGCUCGAAUUGACUUGGGCUAUCUGGCCAGAACUUCCUGCAUAUGGCCGCAAAGCUGCACAGUUUGUUGAUCUACUAGGAUACUUCUCACUCAAAACGCCUCAAACGGAGAAAAAGCUAAAGGAGUAUUCCCAGAAAGCUGUUGAAAUCCUAAGAGCACAAAACCACAUCCUGACAAAUCACCCCAACUCUAACAUCUACAAGUAUGGUUCCACACAUGCAACUCUUAUUGCAAAGAAAGCUUCAAACACAGUGUACAUAAAACUAACCGUGAUUGUGUCCAACAGCACUCUUUCUGGUUUGGUGGAGUUUGAUGGGUUUUUUCUCGAGAGUGACCCCUGCUUGGUGUGCAACAAUCCAGAAGUUCCAUUCUCAAAUAUUAAAUUGUCAUCGAUCAAAGUGGACACACGCUACACCACCACUCAACAAGUGGUCAAGCUCAUUGGCAGCCACACCAUCAGCAAAGUCACAGUGAAGAUAGGCGACCUCAAACGCACCAAAAUGGUCCGCACCAUCAAUCUCUAUUACAACAACAGGACUGUGCAGGCUAUCGUGGAGCUGAAGAAUAAGCCUGCUCGCUGGCACAAAGCCAAGAAAGUUCAGCUAACCCCAGGACAAACUGAGGUGAAGAUUGACCUCCCCUUACCCAUCGUCGCUUCCAACCUGAUGAUUGAGUUCUCAGAUUUUUACGAGAACUACCAGGCCUCCACAGAGACCCUGCAGUGUCCACGCUGCAGUGCUUCUGUGCCUGCUAACCCUGGAGUGUGUGGCAACUGUGGAGAGAAUGUUUAUCAGUGCCACAAGUGCAGGUCUAUAAACUACGAUGAAAAAGAUCCUUUCCUAUGCAAUGCCUGUGGCUUUUGCAAAUAUGCCCGAUUUGACUUCAUGCUGUAUGCUAAACCGUGCUGUGCAGUGGAUCCCAUUGAGAAUGAAGAAGACAGGAAAAAGGCUGUGACCAAUAUUAACACCCUCCUGGACAAAGCUGACCGGGUCUACCACCAGCUGAUGGGCCACAGGCCUCAACUGGAGAGCCUGCUGUCUAAAGUCAACGAGGCUGCUCCAGAGAAACCUCAGGAUGACACUGGAGCAGGUGCAGGUCUUGGGGCCUCCUCUGCUAAUGUGAACAGAUACAUUCAGCAGCUGGCUCAAGAGUACAGCGGAGACUGCAAGACAUCCUUUGAUGAGCUUUCCAAGAUCAUACAGAAAGUGCUUGCGUCUAGAAAAGAGCUCUUGGAGUAUGACCUGCAGCAGAGAGAGGCAGCCACCAAGUCCUCCCGGAGUAGCAGCAGCCAGCCCACCUUCACCGCCAGUCAGUACCGGGCCCUGUCCGUGCUGGGCUGCGGCCACACCUCCUCUACAAAGUGUUACGGCUGUGCCUCAGCUGUCACAGGCCACUGUAUCACACUGCUCCGUGCACUGGCCACUAAUCCAGCCCUCCGGCAGAUCCUGGUGCUCCAGGGUCUCAUUCGUGAGCUGUUUGAGUAUAACUUACGGCGAGGUACAGCAGCCAUGAGGGAAGAGGUUCGCCAGCUGGUGUGUCUCCUCACACGAGACCACCCAGAAGCCACCCAGCAGAUGAAUGACCUCAUCAUUGCCAAGGUGUCCUCAGCCCUCAAAGGUCACUGGGCUAAUCCUGACUUGGUUAGUAAUUUACAGUAUGAAAUGCUGCUGCUGACAGACUCCAUUUCCAAAGAAGGAGGCUGCUGGGAGUUACGACUGCGUUGUGCUCUCAGUCUAUUCCUCAUGUCAGUGAAUAUAAAAACACCUGUAGUGGUAGAGAACAUCACAUUGAUGUGCCUGAGAAUCCUGCAAAAGCUGAUUAAACCUCCUGCACCAACUAGCAAGAAGAACAAGGAUUCUGCUAUCGAGUCCCUGACCACAGUGAAGCCCUACAGUAAUGAAAUCCAUGCCCAAGCUCAGCUCUGGCUCAAGAAGGACCCCAAAGCAUCUUAUGAAGCCUGGAAAAAGUGCCUCCCAGCAAGAUGCCAGGAAACACCGUCUAAACCUCAGGGGAAGGCAGAGUUGCGGAAACAGUAUCUCCUAGAGAAAUAUGUGUGGAAGUGGAAGCAGUUCAUGCGGUCCCGGAAAGGUGAAGGCCUUUUCCCUCGCCUGCUAAAACUGAGCCAUAACAACUGGCUGCGGCAGGUCCUGUUCACACCAGCCACCCAGGCAGCAAGACAGGCAGCCUGUACAAUUGUGGAGGCCCUGACUGCUAUCCCCAGCCGCAAGCAGCAAGUCCUGGACCUGCUAACAAGUUACCUGGAUGAGCUGAGUGUGGCUGGAGAGUGUGCAGUUGAGUAUUUGGGCCUGUACCAGAAGCUGAUCAAGCCAACCCACUGGAAGGUUUAUCUGGCUGCACGUGGAGUUCUGCCCUACAUUGGUAACCUAAUCACCAAGGAAAUAGCCAAUCUUUUGGCUCUGGAGGAGGCUACUCUGAGCACAGAUUUACAGCAGGGCUAUGCCCUCAAAAGCUUGACUGGAUUGCUUUCCUCUUUUGUGGAGGUUGAGUCAAUUAAGCGACAUUUCAAGAGUCGCUUGGUUGGCACGGUUCUGAACGGGUACCUGUGUCUGAGGAAGCUAGUCGUGCAGCGAACCAAGCUGAUCGAUGAGACUCAGGACAUGCUUUUGGAGAUGCUGGAGGACAUGACGACAGGUACCGAGUCUGAAACCAAAGCCUUUAUGGCAGUGUGCAUAGAGACAGCAAAGCGCUACAACCUGGAUGACUACCGGACACCCGUCUUCAUUUUUGAGAGGCUGUGCAGCAUAAUCUACCCUGAGGAAAAUGAGGUGACAGAGUUCUUCGUUACCUUGGAAAAGGAUCCUCAGCAGGAAGAUUUCCUGCAGGGUCGGAUGCCCGGGAACCCGUACAGCAGCAACGAACCCGGCAUCGGCCCACUAAUGAGGGACAUCAAGAACAAGAUCUGUCAAGACUGUGACUUGGUGGCACUUCUGGAGGAUGACAGUGGCAUGGAGUUGCUUGUCAACAACAAAAUCAUCAGCUUGGAUUUGUCAGUGGCAGAAGUCUACAAGAAGGUCUGGUGCCCCACAAAUGAGGGGGAGCCAAUGAGGAUCAUCUAUCGUAUGAGAGGUCUGCUUGGAGAUGCCACGGAAGAGUUUAUAGAGUCAUUGGAUUCAACCACAGAUGAGGAGGAAGAUGAUGAGGAAGUGUACAAGAUGGCCGGAGUCAUGGCACAGUGUGGAGGACUGGAGUGCAUGCUCAACCGGUUGUCUGGAAUCAAAGACUUCAAACAAGGAAGACAUCUGCUCACUGUUUUGCUGAAGUUGUUCAGUUAUUGCGUGAAGGUUAAGAUCAAUAGGCAGCAGCUUGUCAAGCCAGAGAUGAACACACUCAACGUCAUGCUGGGAACUCUGAACUUGGCUUUGGUGGCGGAACAGGAGAGUAAGGACAGUGGCGGGGCCUCUAUAGCUGAACAAGUUCUGAGCAUAAUGGAGAUCAUUUUGGAUGAGGCCAAUGCUGAGAUCUCAGAGGAUAAGGGUAACCUUCUGCUCACAGGAGACAAAGAUCAGCUGGUCAUGUUGUUGGAUCAGAUCAACACUCCCUUUGUGCGCUCAAACCCCAGCGUGCUACAGGGCCUGCUGCGGAUCAUUCCCUACCUUUCCUUUGGUGAACUGGAGAAGAUGAAGAUUUUGGUGGAACGUUUCAAACCGUGCUGCAGCUUUGACAAGUACGACGAGGAGCACAGCGCAGAUGACAAAGUGUUUUUGGAUUGCUUCUGCAAAAUUGCUGCUGGAAUAAAAAAUAACAGCAAUGGCCAUCAGCUAAAAGAUCUCAUACUUCAGAAAGGAAUCACACAGAAUGCACUGGACUACAUGAAGAAACAUAUCCCCAAUGCCAAAAAUCUGGAUGCAGACGUUUGGAAGAAGUUCCUCUCGAGACCAGCUCUGCCUUUCAUUCUCCGAUUGCUCCGUGGUUUGGCUACCCAGCAUCCACCUACACAGAUGCUGAUAGGCACAGACUCAAUACCCAACUUGCACAAGCUGGAGCAGGUAUCCAGUGACGAAGGCAUUGGAACUCUGGCAGAGAACCUUCUGGAGGCGCUGCGGGAGCACAGUGACGUCAACCUGAAGAUCGACGCAGCGCGCAGGGAGACCAGAGCAGAGAAGAAGCGCAUGGCGAUGGCCAUGAGACAGAAAGCUUUGGGAACUCUGGGCAUGACGACCAAUGAGAAGGGGCAGGUGGUUACAAAGACAUCACUUUUGAAGCAAAUGGAGGAGCUGAUAGAGGAGCCGGGUUUGACCUGCUGCAUCUGCAGGGAGGGUUACAAGUUCCAGCCAACCAAAGUCCUGGGUAUUUACACUUUUACAAAGCGUGUGUCCUUGGAGGACUUUGAAAACAAGCCUCGCAAGCAGCAGGGCUACAGCACUGUGUCGCACUUUAACAUAGUCCACUACGACUGCCAUCUGGCAGCUGUCAGGCUGGCUCGUGGGAGAGAGGAGUGGGAUAGUGCCGCUCUCCAGAAUGCCAACACCAAGUGCAAUGGUCUGCUUCCUGUGUGGGGGCCACAUGUGCCAGAAUCAGCCUUUGCUACAUGUUUAGCACGGCACAACACAUAUCUUCAGGAGUGCACAGGUCAGCGGGAGCCCACGUACCAACUCAACAUCCACGACACCAAACUGCUGUUCCUCCGCUUUGCCACAGAGCAGUCGUUCAGUGUGGACACAGGCGGCGGGGGCCGGGAGAGCAACAUCCACCUCAUCCCUUACAUCAUCCACACUGUGCUCUAUGUGCUCAAUACUACGAGGGCUACGUCCCGAGAGGAGAAGAACCUCCAGAGUUUCCAGGAGCAGCCGUGCGAGAAGUGGGUGGAAAGCUCUUACGAUGUUGAAGGACCGCACUAUUACACCAUCUUGGCCAUGCACAUCAUGCCGCCUGAGAGGUGGAGGACUUCUCGUUUCUACUUCCUGAGAAGACUCCUGGUCACUGCACAUGCCCGCAAAGUCUCUGCGGUCUGCACAAACAAACUCACAGACAAAACACCAAAGGAAUAUGCAGUUUACCGCUCACCUCUUCUCUUCUGGGGCCUGGUCGAUCUCGUCUAUGACAUGUUUAGGAAAGUACCCACCAGCAACACAGAGGGGGGCUGGUCCUUCUCACUGGCGGAAUAUGUCCGUCACAACGACAUGCCCAUCUACGAGGCCUCAGAGCGCGUGCUCAGGUCCUUCCAGGAUGAGCUCAUGCCCGCAGAGUCCUUGUCUGAGUUCUGUGAUGUUGUAGGUGUCCUCUCUGAAAUCCCAGACCCAGACCUCUUCCUGCAAGAUUUGUUGAACUCUUUGCCCUGAUCCAUCCUCAAACCACACGCCCUCUGACACACAACAGCCCAACAAAUAAUGUUAGGACACCUACCAACAUAAAAAAAAGAAAAAAAAAAGCCGUUAACACACUGACUCACACACAGAUAGUAAACACCAUGCUUCCAACUCAGCUCCCACUCCCCAGUAAGACCUCUCAAAAUUGAACUCAAAGCAGAAGUUGUGUGUGUAGUCUAAUAAAGAAAAAAAAAAUCAACUUCUUGGCAAUUUCUCUGUGACACAAAGACAGUGCUGUUCAAGAUCGAGGAGGAGACACUAAAGCAGAAUUUACUCUUUGCUCUCCAAAGUCUACAGUCAGAGGCAGAAGACAUCCCUCCGGUUUUGAGCAGGCCUGGGAGAAAAAAAGGUCCCUGGUCCAUCCGGCCUUUCAGAAACAGUUGUCUACUUUCUGUUUUCCUGCUGUCUCUAUCAAAGCUGAAACUUCACCAUUGUUCUGCUGUUCUUUAGCAGCUCAGAGAAUUAGGUUGUUCACUUUGAAAUGCUGAUCUGGUUUAUAGGACAAAACGUGUGAAUUCUGUUUUGGAGUGAUCACAUAUUUGGCUUUAAACCCCUCCCAUGAUAUUUGGGGUGCAAUGUUAAGGUAACUAAAAUGUUUUGGGAUUUGACCCACCUCAUAUUAAGAGUGGCAUUUGAUUUUAUCUUGUUUUCCUUUUAUUUGCUAUCAGUUUGUUUUUGGUCUUGGUUUCUUUUUUUAAAUGGCAGACGGUCUCGUUGUCUCACAUUUGCAAGCCCCUGUGCUUUUCUUUCAGGGCUCUUGCUGUUCGGUCUACAUGUUGGUUCUAACUGGAAUUUGAGUAACAGACAGGGAAAAAAUUGUGUGUAUGUGUCAGGUUUACUUUAUGAACCUCAGAAACAGAACCAGGAAAAGAGCGAUGGACAAGAUUUGUUUUAUUUUCUUCCCUAAAGCUAUGCCUUUGAAGUAAACUUUGAACUUGUGGAAGAUUCCAUCUGUUGCAAUGUAAUAUCCAACUUGUCUAAAUGAAUAAUAAUAAAACAGACUUACAUUAUACCCUAAAACAUUUUUUUCUUUGACUGAUAGUUGUAAUCAAUUUUCUUCACAGCAUUCUCCUCCUUUGCUUCUGCUUUUCUGGAGUUAUAUUUUCCCCAGAACUGCCAAUUUGUGUCAGUUCCCUGAACAGAUCUAUGACAAGCAAAGCAUCGCUCAGUUUGAUGCUCAGCUCUUUGACCUCCAGGUGACCAAAACAGUGUAACGUACUCUAGAGUUGAAUGCAUGGUGUGGAGUUCCCUCGGUUUAUUGUUAAUUUGCCUUUUCCCGCUGCUAUAAUGUUUAACUGUUGCUGAAUGUCUGCUUUUUGAAUUUAGACUAUGAUUAAUAAAACCGUAAUAACUUCAAAUCUC